AUGUCCAGCAGCCCUGAGAUGAAGGAGGAGUGCCACGACAUGGAGUGUCCGCUGUGCAUGGAGGCUCUGGAGAUCGACGACGUCAACUUCUUCCCCUGCACCUGCGGCUACCAGAUCUGCCGCUUCUGCUGGCACCGCAUCCGCACCGACGAGAACGGCCUCUGCCCCGCCUGCAGGAAGCCCUACCCGGAGGACCCCGCGGUCUACAAGCCCCUCUCUCCGGAGGAGCUGCAGAAGAUCAAGAGCGAGAAGAAGCAGAGGCAGAGCGAGAAGCGGCAGAAACUCACGGAGAACCGGAAGCACCUGGCCAGCGUGCGCGUGGUCCAGCGCAACCUGGUGUUCGUGGUCGGCCUGUCCCAGAGGCUGGCCGAGCCUGAGGUUCUCAAGAGGCCAGAGUAUUUUGGCAAGUUCGGGAAAAUCCACAAGGUGGUGAUCAACAACAGCACGUCCUACGCAGGCUCACAGGGUCCCAGCGCAAGCGCGUACGUGACGUACAUCCGCUCGGACGACGCCCUCAGAGCCAUACAGUCUGUGAACAACGUGGUCGUGGACGGCAGGACACUCAAGGCUUCUUUAGGGACGACUAAGUACUGCAGCUACUUCUUAAAGAGCAUGCAGUGUCCCAAACCGGACUGCAUGUACCUCCACGAGCUGGGAGACGAGGCGGCCAGCUUCACCAAGGAGGAGAUGCAGGCGGGGAAGCACCAGGAGUACGAACAGAAGCUGCUCCACGACCUCUUCAAGAACACCGCCACGUUGCCACAGAGCGCCGUCGCCGGCGGGGAGAAGACCAAGAGCAAAUCCGUCUCCUUACAGAGGUCCAACAGCACCAACAACACAGAGAUGUGGCCCUCCCUGCAGCCCCCGGACCAGCUGGCGGGGGGGCUGCUGUCCUCCGAGCCGGGGAAGAGCCCGUCGCCGGACAGCAGCUCGGACUCGGACCACCUCACCCCCGAGGAGGGGCUGGACUCGGACCCCGGGCUCCCCGGCUCCUUCGCCGGCCUCUCCUCCCACUUCUCCUCCAGCUGCGACCGUGCCAGUCCCAGUGACAAACUGCCAGAUAUCAUCAGUAUCAGCAACAGUGAUACCUCACAACUGCUCCCUUGCAGUGACUCUCCGUCGCCCCCUCCUGGCCUGAGCAAACACAACCUGGUGAUGCCCAUCAGCGUGAGUGGGCUCAUGGUGCGCUCCCCCUUCGAGGGCUCCUCCGCCGAGUCCCAGUCCCUGUUCUCGGACAACAGCAACUUCAGGCACCCCAACCCGGUGCCCAGCAGUGGCAUGCCGGGCCUGGGGGGCUCCCCACAGAACAGCUCCACCGAGUGGCCCACCGCCCCCGAACCACAGAGCCUCUUUGCCUCAGACACCAUGCCGGUGUCGUCGUCCACGGACUGGCAGGCGGCCUUCGGCUUCGGCUCGUCCACGCAGCCGGCGCAGCAGACGCCCGCCGCCCAGAGCACGCAGGACGACGAGCUGGGCUUCGACCCCUUCGACGUGACGCGCCAGGCGCUGGCCGACCUCAUCGAGAAGGAGCUCUCCCUGCAGGACAGCCCGCCGCCGGCCCCCCUGUCCCCGGGGCCCUUCUCCCGCAGCAGCCCCGCCCACGGCCCCGCCCCCGGCCUCCUCCCCACGUCGCUCCCCGCCGCCAGGGGGGGCUUCGGCGGCGCCGGCCCCCCGGGCAUGCUGCCCCCGCCCAACAACCCCUUCCCCCUGGGGCUGCAGCACCGGUACUCCCAGAUGCACCACCACCUCCAGAACCACCACCACCACCACCACCACCACCAGCAGCAGCAGCAGCAGCAGCCGCAGCACCAGCCCCCGCAGCCCCACCCGCAACGCCCCGGCUACACCUCCUUCAGCUUCCCGGUGGGGGGGGGCCACCACCACCACCACCUCCCCUCGCCCACGUCGUCCUCGUCCCCCUCCUCCUCCUCGUCUUCGUCCUGCUCCUCGUCCUCCUCCUGCUCCAACAACGUGGGCCACUCCCCCGGGACGGCCUCCCGCCAGCCCUGGUUGGCCGGGGGCGGCGGCGGCGGCGGCGGCGGGGGCGGGACUAUGCCGCCCGGCGUCGCGCGCAAUCACUUUGCACACAUGAACCACGCGGUCGGCAUGACGAUAGCGUCCUCGGCCCUGGAGAGCAGCUUCUUGGACUUAACGAUGCCCCGACUGCACAGCACAGGCCUCGGAGGGAUCGCCAUCUCGGAACACAACGGGUCUGACGACGGGCUCAACGUGAAGGAGUGGCAGGACGGCCUGCGCGCCCUCCUGCCCAACAUCAACAUCAACUUCGGCGGCCUGCCCAACUCCUCGCCCUCCUCCUCCUCUUCCUCCUCCUCCUCUUCCUCCUCCUCCCUGAACGGCGUCAGCCACAACGCGGGCCCCCCCACCGCGCUGGGCUUCGGGGUCGGGACCACCACCAGCUGCUGGGAGAACACGGCCAGCUGGAUGGACCCCGCCAUCAUCACAGGUGUCCCGUCAGGCAACACGGCCAACGGCCUGGACUCCCUCCACGACGAUAACCCCCCCCACUGGCUCAAGUCCCUGCAGGCGCUCACCGAGAUGGACACGCCCUCCGGCCCCGCCCCCAGCCCCGCCCUCAGCUCCGCCUCCCUCGCCCCCCCGCCCGGCUGGGGCUCCUACCCGCCGUUGCCCCCCGGCAUCCCCUCCGGUCAGUUCCUCUCCGGCCCCCCGCCGGGCUUCCAGACCCCCCCCUUCAGAGCCGCGGUACAGAGCCAGACUGAGCUGCUACAGAACGCCGCCAUGGACCGGCACUAG